AUGCAUGGAGGAGUGCUAGAAGGUGAAGAGAAAAGAUGUGACUGUGAUGAUAUGUUCUGUUACCUAGACGCAGACGAAUGCAUCGAGUACCAGGCCUAUCAAGCCCAGCUCAUCGCUGCCCUUCGAGGUGAACAGGUGCCAGACGAAGAACACCUUGACAAUCAAUACCACGCCCCUCUUUGUCUCAUUCGAGGCAUCCGCUGUCACUAUGAGUUUGCAGCCAGCUCCGCCGUGAAGGAUGUUUGCGUCUCCCGUCCGGCUCUCGCCCGCGCCCGCAACGCUCGCCUUAUCAUGAGCAACGUGAUACCUGGGCCUGAAGACAUGGACGACACUGACCGGACCAGACACCCCUACUGUAUCUGGAAUCCUGAUAUUGCGGCCGAAGAUACCUAUCGCCAGUUAGCCCAGCGCUUCCCUUCAAUGCGCUAUCAGGUAGGCCGCGCCUGUGCUGCUGCUGGGUACGAUGGUCUAUAUGCAGAAUUGGACUUGUUGCCAGACGUUUCAAUCGCCGAGGAGGCGAGGGAGAGCGAGACACCGGGUGGGCAGGCCAUCUUCAAGAUGAUAAUGGCUGCCCCCUAUCGCUACGCUAUUAUGAAUGAUUACGACCUGUCUAUCAACCUUGAUAGUAAGGACCCCGGCGCUCCCGCGUUCUUGAACGGCCACACAACUGUGCGGUGGAAACUUCAACACCGUAAGGAGUUACAAGAAAAGGCAUACAAUUUUAGAAUCUGGAGGGCGAGGACAUGGAAAUGGAGCAUUGAAGAAGACGACCAUCUUGAUGAAAAGGAGUCGCGCUUGCCUGACAAGUACAAUACCCUCACUCCAGAGGAGGUUCGACUUCUUUACACCCCUCUCCCUCAGGAUCUACCAACCAUGAAGAAAGACCUUCACAUUCAAAUGGCAGCUUACGACGGCAACGUAGACCGCUAUGCUCGCUUGGCAUCAUACUGGCCGAUGGAUGAGGUUGAGCGGGUCUGCGUGAUACGAGGAAUAUACUACAACACAAUGUUUGCGCGCUUCUGGGCCGAGGAGAUAAAGCAAAAUACCCGACGUGUGCAAGGUUUAAAAAAAAACGGAUUAUCGCUUAUCAAGGAGGCUAUCUCUGCUCGCCGCAUCAUGAUCAACGACGUUGAAGAAUUCAUUAACGGAUGGCCGGAGGGUGAGCCACAGCCAAGGGUUAUCUGGAAGCCCCUGAAGCCGUGUGAACAUGUACUCAAGCUGCUCGCGGAGAGAGUACCCUCAAUGAAAAAGACAGCUGCGCUUGCAUGUAUAUUCUGUGACUACGAAGACGCUUACAAUGAGAUCAACUGUACGCCACACCCCGACCUCGCCAUGGCAGCAAAAAGGUCUCUCAAUCCCUUUUACCUUCGAGACAUUAAGCAAAAGGCAGCCGAACAGGGUAUUGACCUUUACAAAGGCUACGUUAUGCCAAUAUGGCUAGAUGAGAGCCUGGAGAUCCUUAAGUCACACAGUAUGUAUACAAAUUUAACAGACGGUAUGGGAGUGCACUGGAGCGAUGAUGUGUGGAAGAAUCUUCAAAGCGUUUUUGGAGGAGAUGUCCCCGAAGAUUAUCCGGUUCAAUUAUACGUAUGGGCAUCACCCGAGAGACUCCGGCUGCUCGAUAUUUGCGAGACAAGCUGUCCUUGCCCUGCGAGGUACUACCCGGACUAUGAGGAGAACUGGGAGGAAUACGUUGAACGUGCCAAACUACGCAAGGAGCGCAUGAGACGAGAGGAAAAACAUAGCAAGAUCCGGGCGGCUGCCGCACUUAGACGGCCCGGGGAGAGUGAAGAUGCCUGGAAGGCCAGACAAAGUUUAUAUUUCCUCAGGUACAAUGGACGCGUGCGCGCAGGGGAACCCGAAUGGGUUGAAUUUGCUCGGAAGGCCAAAGAAAAAUAUGAAGCCAUUGUUGCCAGUGAGGGCGGGGAGGUUAGCGAACAUGAAGCUUCCUCCCCUGACUCAAUGGUUGUAUGGAUCUAG